AUGUUGUAUGAAUUAGUUGGGAUAGUACGUGUGGUCAACCCCUCAGCGGUCAACAAAGAAGCAAAGGACCUAGCUACAACGAUUGGAAAGCUAGUCAUUCAAAAUAGAGGUGUAGUGAGAAAGAUUCUACCCAUGGGAAGUAAACUUUUACCUAAGAUAAUGCGUAAAGAUCAAGAACAACAUUUUCAAGGCUACCAUUUUUUAAUGCUAUUUGAUUCAUCGGCAGCUGUGCAGUCUGAGAUCCUAAGAACACUGAAAAAUGAUCCCAGAGUUAUUAGAUCAUCAAUCGUUAGAGUGAAUUAUGACAAGCAACUGGAUGUGGCGUCGUCUUUGGAAAGGUCAUCAGGUUAUAACUCUAUACUGGAAAAGGUAAGUAGGGAUUUCAUGUAG